AUGCACUUGCGAAAACUAACAGCGGCGCUUCUGGCGCUGGCUUGUUUAGCACUCGUCAUUUCACUGUCCCUGCCCUACUGGAAAUGCGGGAACCUAUUUGAGAAGUGUAUCGAGGAGGGAAGCGAAAACCUCCAUGAAAUGAUGGCCGUGGGUGCGCUGCUGGCCAUUGGCCUGGUGUUGCUCUUCCUGGCAUUCCUCCUCGACGUCUUGCUGCUCUGCAGGAGUCAAGCACUGCCUGGAACAAUCACCGCCAGAUUUCUGUUCAUCUACCUCGGCGCUGCGACCACCUUCACCGCAGUUGUCUUGUACACCUUCUUUGAACUCGGACAGUGGGGCUACUUCCUGGCAAUUGUUGGCGCUACCAUUGCUUUUGUGGUACAGAAACUCGCUAUGAUGUCGUCUCGAUGUGUUACCACGGAUGCUUAA